ACCAGUGAUAUGUAUAUAUAUUGUUUUGGUAUAUUUGCAUUAUUCAGUUAUUAUAAUAGUUGCUUUAUUUGAACAAGUAAUCAAAUAAUAGACUUAUCAUUUCAGCUCAGGUAUUAUUCUCUCUUGCCACACUAAAUUGGAACCACAGGAACUCAUCUAAACCCUUAAAACUCUCAGACCGAAUUAUAACUGAACUGUGUCCACAUACUUUUGGCCAGAUAGCGAAGCGCCUUAGGUACAGUUCUCUUGUUGCUCGACGCUGUUUUUGUUUGUUGCAUCUAAUUGAAAACCUACAUUACCCAUGAUGCACAAGGAGCACCAAGGUUGAUUAAUCGAGCGUGGAGUCAUCGCAGCGCUCCGCUCGCCCACUCCUCUCAGCGUCCAGCUUUCUCCCAGCAGCAGUCGCAUCCUGCCUGCUCGCUCCAGCGCUACCGUUAGCUAGCUAAUAAGGGAGUAGCAAGUCAUUCCUGCCGAGGAAAUACUGUUUUGAUACCUCGGCGUUAUGUCUUUCUGUUGAAUAAUUCGUUUGGGACAAUGAAUUUUCGGUUUUGUCGUUCCAGCGCGCCUCCUAGAAGACAAGAAUCCCUCGGUGAAGUCCGCCUUUUCACUUCGACCUCGGUAGCUGAACGGGCUUAGCAAGUCAGAUCGUUUUGACAAGCGAGUGGCUCAUCUGUCCGCCGCUGCCUGCUGCUCCGCGACCGGGGCGAUUCGGACAAAGCCAGUCAGAUGUUGGAGGGUAAAAAAACAAACAUCCGCGGACCCCGAACGUUUUUUACACCGGUUCGUGAAAUUGAAUUAUCAAGCUGAUCAUCUGUCGUGAAUGUGCCAGGGAUAAGGGGAGGAGUAAGGUCUAUUUUUGGAGGGCGAGAGUUUGGAUCUCGCACCGACGGAAGGGGGUAGGGGGGUGUGCGGGGGAAGGAAGACCCGAAGAGAAGAAGGGACGUAGGGGGAGAACAUCCUGAUGCCCGUGAUGGCAAACGAGCCGAUCAUCCUGAACGUCUAUGAUAUGUACUGGAUCAAUGAGUUUACCAGCUCUCUGGGUAUCGGAGUCUUUCACUCAGGGAUUGAGAUCUAUGGAAGAGAGUUUGCCUAUGGCGGACACCCGUACCCAUUCUCAGGGAUCUUUGAGAUAACACCAGGUGAUGCAACUGAACUCGGCGAUACCUUUAAAUUCAAAGAAGCCAUAGUGUUGGGCAGCACCGACUUCACAGAGGAGGACGUGGAGCGGAUAGUGGAGGAGAUGGGGAAGGAGUACAAAGGCAACGCCUACCACCUCAUGCACAAGAACUGCAACCACUUCUCCUCAGCACUGUCAGAGAUCCUGUGUGGCAGGGAGAUCCCUCGCUGGGUCAACCGCCUGGCCUACUUCAGUUCCUGCGUGCCAUUCCUCCAGAGCUGCCUGCCCAAAGAGUGGCUGACCCCAGCGGCCUUACAGUCCAGCGUCAGCCAGGAGCUCCACGGAGCGGGGGAGCUGGAGGAGGCGGAGGACGCCGCUGCCACGGCCUCCCUGGCAUCCAUGUCGCCGUGCUCGCCCUCAUCCUCCUCCAGCCCUUCCUCCUUGCCUCGUCAUUCACGCCACCAGCCCCGCCGGUAGAAGCUGCAAGUCCUGCUGGGAAACCUGGAGCUGGACAAAGACUGUCAGGUGACAGAAAUACCUGCAGCAGGUGCUGAGUCAAGCCACGGCCAAAAGUCCUGUCAGACUGUACUCAAGGCACCGAACUGCUGCCUGCUCAUCGCAAGAAUGUCAACCAAAUCUACGACGAUCCAGAGCGGAGGAUUUUUACUCGCAAGGGAAGAGGAAUACUUGCUGCUGACAAAGGCAAGAUCGUCUCUCAGUGAACAUGGCUGAUGGAUUCCAACAACCCAACAAUCCUAACCACCCAAAGCUCUGGUGUCUUUCAUCGUUUUACCAGCCAACUAAGAAUGCAAGAUGAAGGGGAGGCCCUUUCAUAAUCUUUCAUAAUUUACCAGCCACAUUCAGAUUGUACCACCAGUUAGUCGGUGGAUGGUGCUAAUAUUGAGUUUUGUUAUAAUGGGAACCAGUGAGAUGCGUUACCAGGAAGCCAGUAAUGUUUUUCGCAUAUGCACCAGGUGAGCAAUUUUCAUAGGACUGAUAAGACGCCAUCUUUGCGAUCAUUAAAUCUAUGGUUUGAACGACCAAUACAAAACACACAGCGCAAGACCCGUUUUUUGUUGUACUGUGAGUUCACCUUAAGGAUAAUUUUUCAUUUUGAACAUUGACAUAAUGUGAGGUUUAUUUUAAGGGAAUGUAGUGACUCUUGAAGCACUACUGCGCUGAUCUCAACUCUCAGCUAUGGGAGUUGCCCUUCGGCUCACAUCAGGACACUUAACUCCUGAACAUCUGAAGAGAAACAGAUGCAAAAGCAAAGAUUUCAAAGAGUGGAACUUUCUUUUUGUUUCAUAACCACUAGCCAAGCGCUGGUAUAAUAUGACAUGUGGCUGGUAAAUGUUUCAGCAAACUGUAGUUAAGAUGUUCUGAAUAUUUGGAUGGUAAAAUUUUGAAAGCAGCAGCUGGAGUUUGGAAUCUAUUCACUUUGCCUCAUUUUUCUCUCACAUCAGGCUGGAUAGACUGAAGCCAGAACUACAAUCAAUCAGCCUCACAUCACAUAGAUACAAAUAAGCUGAUCCAGCACCAGUGUCUAAAUGAGUGAAAUCAUUUAACACACCUUAAAGGGUUCAGGUCCAGGUCAUUUUUUUUACCCAAGUUUAUUUCUUUGUCCCUUUUUUUUUUUACGUCAAAUCUGUACCUGUCCCUUGCGGAUUAACCACAGAUUAUUUUAAGGAAACUGAUCCCCAUGAGGCGGAUUCUAAAGAUAUGUAAUAAUUAUGAUAUAGAAAAAGUUCUUUCUACACCAGUAAUGUAAUACUGUUAAUUAUUUCAGAAAAAUUUAAGAUUAAGUAGCAGGGCAGGCAGUGACUUAAAGGUUAGAGAAGACUUUUUUGUUACCAGAAGGUUCUGGGUUUGAAUCCCAGAAUAUAAGAGUAAAUUCUUUCUCAGUAGCAACUGCCAAGGUGCCUUUGAGCAAGGCACUUAACCCACAAGUGUUCCAGUGGCCAACAGUAGAGGGCUGUGGUUGUACUGGACUGCUCCCAGUUGUGUUCAUCUUAGUUUGUGUAAAGUGAAAUGUUUUGUCUUUACCUGAUCAGUUCAAGGUUCAAGUUUACAUUAAAGGGGCAUGAUGUAGUUUUUGAAGAAGAAAUUCACACUCAGGAGUUUCAAUAUUAAUGAGGUAAUAACACAAACUCAGAAAUAUUUAUCUUUUCAAUAACUGAAUUAACGAGCUGUGCUCAGAGGAAAAUAAGUCAGUUAGAACAUCGUUUGAAGCUAGAAAAGGUGGCGGGGUCCGCCAGAUACAAACAAAGUAAGCAUGAAAUUGUGUUGUCCUUUAGGGUUUAAGUUUGUUUGUUCAGUUUAUUCAGCCAUAUAAAGAAGAGAGUUUGUUUAUUUAGUUUUUUGAGAAGUAAAGUAUUUUCUCUUCUGGUAAAACUUUCUUCCCCAAAACUACAUAGUGCACCUUUAAGGACACAACGUCAGCCCUUAACGGUUUGUAAUCUGACAGGAAGAGUGUCUUAAAAUGAGAACCAAAACUGUCUUUAACUGACCUGUCAGCCGCCUGCACUCCUGACAGUCCCACAUCUUUGUCCAGUUAGGGACGAAGCGUGUUUAGUUUUCAUUUGGAGCAUCACUCACACCUGUAAAGUUGUACUUUUUCAAGAGAUUAUACUUUUGAUCUUCUGCAUGUGAAAACUCACUGGCCACAUCAUGUACUGUCGAUAGCUCUGAAAAUUUCUCAAUUAUCUUUUGAAAAUGUGUGAAGUAUGAUUUUACACUCUACAAGAAGAUGCUGCUUUUUCCCAAAUGACGAGCACCUCAUCAGAAAACUGAACAACAACAGCAACACGUGUGCUGCAUAAUGUAGAUCGUCUCAAAUAAGAGCCACGUGUGUGUUGAACAACACAUUUGUCAAUUGAGCUUUUCUUUUUUGGCCUGUUUUGCUGGAAGUGUGAGAACAAGCAGGAAAUUGUCAAAUCUUGUCUAAAGAACAUCUUGUUUUUUGUUUCUCCUUUUAAUGUAUUUCUAUGAUGUAUGGACUCUGGCCUUUUCGUCUGUUUCGUUUAUUUUUUGAUAAACUCAGGACUCCAAAAGGCUUUGUAAUAUAUAAUCCUUUGAACUUUUUUAUCCCACGUUUUAUGUUCGCGUCGACGUUGCUUUUUCUAAUGCAGUAGUCACUCAAUAGAGCUUUUCAAGGAUGCACUGUGGCAGUGCAGUUUUAUACUCUUUGAUAAGAAAAAGAGCUUUUGUUUACAAACUGGAUGUUUGUAUGUGAGCCUGUGCUGCUCUUUUGUUUUUCCUGUCCAUGCAUGAAUGUGCGUGUGUGUGCACACAUGUAUUAUAAAUGGUUGGUUUCAACAAACUGCCAACUGGGCCGCAUCUCCCUACUAGAAACGCACACAGACACUCCUGCAAAGAGAAAUCCAUUUCAAAGGAUGAGUUCAUCCAAAAAUGAAAAUCCAGUCAUUAUCUUCUCACCCUCAUGCCGACGAAAAGUCAGGUUAAGUUGAGUAAAUUGCAGCAUUCUCCUAAACAACUGAAGUAGAAAAAAAAAACAUUGUGACGAGCUAUAUGGAGCCAUUUUGUGUUUUUGACAGUUGUUUUUCACAUUUUAAAAUAAGUUCCCAUCUACUUCAGUUGUUCAGGAGAAUGCUGUGAUGCUAUUUUGCUUUGUAACAUCACCCGACUCCAUUGGCUCGCGGGUGGGGAAGAUAAUGACGGAAUUUUAAUUUGUGACCUUAUCCUUUAACAAAGGUAGCAGUGUUCUUUUUUUUUUCUUUUGUCCUCAAGCUUCAGAAUUCUUCAGUCAUGUUAUUUUGGUUCAGUGGCAGAUGAUUCAGCAGAUUUCAUCUGCUGCUACAAAGAUGAUUUUUAAGGACUUGGUUUUCUAACAACAACACAGUGUUAAAGCAGCAACUAUGGCAUUUCUCACAAAACCAGCAUAUUUAUGUGAUAUGAAGUGUUUUUUUGACUUUAAUUUCAAAUGUUACUUUUGACAUUUCAGUAAGUCUGAAUGACACAUACUUUAUUUUCAAUACACAGACUGACAUACACACACUUCCUCCAAAUGUUGGCGUCCUCUGCUGACUGUUAUUUGAACUGUUACUUGUCUGUAUUUCCUCAAACAGACACUGAAGUUUCCCUUGACCUUCAUAGCUUCAUUUUGUUUCCUGCUGUCACGAACAAUAUUUCAUAGAACAAUAAUUACCCACCAGCUCAACCGUUAAUAAUAACAAUAAAUGUAGCCUUCCGUUUCAAAAAGGCGAAAGAGAAAAGUUCAUGUUCAUGUCUCAACAUUUCACAUUUCACCAUUACUGAGGCCAAAGAAAGCUACAACUUCACUUCGUCACUGUUUUUAGUUUGCACCUGUUGAAUUGUCACCACUUAGUGUCCAACUUUUUAAACGCUUGUCUCUUCUUGGUAUGAAAACCUUCAGUCUUUGAGUAGUUGUUAAUUAUUAUAUUAAAUGUCCUAUCAAGUCGUCAUCUGUUGGCCAUUUGUACCACGUAUGCGAGCUAUGAAUGUGGAUUGGGAAACUUCAGUCAUUCGUACACCGCAAAGACUGACUUCAGCUGUUUUACAGUGAACUUUCACAGAGCCUUCGGAGGAGUGGACCCGAUUUGUACCCUGUUGUGAAGUUAUUAAAGAAAAGUAUACAAUCCAUGA